AUGUCCAAGCAAGAGAGCAAUGCCGCCAAGAGCGCAGCCCCGGAUGAUGAUGAACCUGAUGAAUGGGACAAGCGCAUCUUCAGCACAGGCUGUGCGGACGAGAACAUGAAACUGACGGAUUGCUAUUUCGAGAAGAAGGAUUGGAGGAAAUGUACAGAAGAGAUGGCCACAUUCAAGAAGUGCUGGAAGCAGCAAGGCAACGACCAACGGACAAGCUCCAAGGAUGCUUGA